CUUAAUCAGAUCACUUGCACACGACACAACUAUAAAAAUGGCGACAUCUCUAGGCAGGAGGAAAAAUUCCUACACUCCACCUUCCUCCAUCCUUCUUCUUUCUCAUUCACACUCCAACCCCUUCUUCGACGAAUGGCGGCCUCGAGAAUGAUCUCCCGAGCGACGGCCACCCACAAGAACCCUCCCAGCUCCCACCACCACCACCACCAAGAUGCUCCCGACGACGCCGUCUUCGAGUUCGACGAACCCGACCUCCUCUGGUCCGACGAUGACGGCGCGUCCUCCGACCCGAGGAGACCUCAGCCUCGAUCCCUGAAGAAGCUGCAGAGGCGGCCGUCCGAGGCGGAGGCCCCUUCCCCUGCGGGGGCGUCGCUGCCCGUGAACAUACCGGACUGGUCGAAGAUCCUGCAGGGGGAAUACGGAGAGCACCACCGGGGGAGGGAGGCGGCCGAGGACGGCGGCAGUGACGGCGACGAGGGAGACGAGGACGGGGAUAGAGUCCCGCCGCACGAGUUCUUGGCAAGGAGGAGAGGCGCGUCGCUCUCCGUCCACGAGGGCGUCGGGAGGACGCUCAAGGGGAGAGAUCUCCGUCGCGUCCGAAAUGCCAUUUGGAAGAAAGUUGGCUUCGAAGACUAGAGAGAGAGAGAGAGAGAGAUAGGGAGAGAGUCGUUUUCCCAUCGGACUAUUUCCACUGGAAAUAUUAUUAUUACUAGUUAUAGUAUAUGCUCGGAAACAUAUACUAUCAUCGGGGAAAUUUUUGAUACAGCUGGGCCGUGUUGGAGAGCGAGAAAGACAAACCCUUUCCCUUUCUCUCUCUCUCUCUCUCUCACAUCGGCUCAAGCUUCAUUUUCCCCCAUUAGUUCUUUCUUUCUUUCUUUCAUGGAUCAAUCUGGUGUUGGGGUUUUUAAGUUUUCUGUUCUUGUUGCUCUUUUUCAAGGGAAGAAGACGACUCUCUCUCCCCUCUGCAUGUAA